AUGACGAAGAGACUUCUGUCUCAAGAAAAAGUUAGUGUAGGCGAUAUCGAAGACGAAGUGGUGGGGCAUAUGGACCGUAAAUGGGAACCACUACACUGGCGAGCUCAACUCAGUAACAUUCGAAAAAUGCGCGAAAGUCGUGAUGCUCCAGUAGACUUGAUGGGUUGCGAAAGAUUGGCUGAUGAAACAGAACAUCCAAAAACCUUCAGAUUACAGGUACUGAUAAGUCUUAUGCUGUCAAGUCAAACAAAAGAUCAAGUUACGGCAGCGGCGAUGGAGCGUCUAAAGUCGAAGGGAUGUACAGUUACAACAUUAACAAGUAUGGAAACAGAAGACCUGCAAAAAUUAAUUUACCCAGUGGGAUUUUAUAAGACAAAAGCUUUGAAUAUAAAGAAAACGUGCGAAAUCCUAAAGGAAAAAUACAAUUCAGACAUACCAGAAACUGUUGAGGAGUUAUGCACCUUACCUGGUGUCGGUCCGAAAAUGGCAUAUCUAGCAAUGAAGUGUGCGUGGAAAAAAACAGCAGGAAUAGGUGUUGAUACACAUGUACAUCGAAUUGUCAAUCGCCUGAAAUGGAGUAAAAAACCAACCAAAACCCCAGAACAAACUCGUGUGUCACUAGAAGAGUGGUUUCCAAGGGAAUACUGGGAUGAAAUUAAUUGGUUGUUAGUUGGUUUUGGCCAACAAAUCUGUCGCCCAGUGAAUCCGAACUGCGGGGAAUGCUUAAAUCUAUCAACUUGUCCAUCUGCGUCGAAACCCAGUUUGAAAGUAAAGAAGACUAAAUUCGAGUAA